CGCCUUCUCACAAGAUGACCAGCAGCAAGCUCCAGAUCCCCGUCGUCUCCAUCAUCCCGGGCAUUGGUGAUGCCGUGCGCCAACAAUUGGCGUCGUCAUCCCCCGCCGCUGAGCUGUACAAGUCCAACCAGCUCGAAAUCGUUGACCUACCGGUGCCUGUGGUGUGCCCUCCCAAUGCCAGCAACAACCACCAACCGAAGGGGGCCAUCGACCAGGCAGCCCCCACCACACCCGAGUGGAACCUUGAUCCCAAGCAGCAACUGAUCCUCGAGAACGCCGAGGUGCUUUUCAUUGAUGCCCACCUGGCUGCGCCGCUGUUGCUCGCUCCAAAGACCAACCUACCGUUCGGCCUGCAACAUUUACUCAAGAAGGUGCAGUGGGUGCAGGGUACCUACGCUGGAGUGGACUCCUAUCAUCAAUUCCCGGAGGCUCCGGCUGACCCGGGCUUCACGGUUUCACGUGCGGGCGGAAUCAUGCCGACGGCUUUGGCGCAGUUCGUGUUCGGGUACGUGAUUGCCAUUGAACGCAAACUCUUCGAGGCCAAAGAGUACCAAGAGAAGCGCGUGUUCGGUCGUUGGGAGCUCAAAUAUCGGUCCUUCCGACAGUUGACAGUCGGCAUCCUCGGUCUUGGAGACGUUGGCCAGGAGAUCGGACGCACAUUUAAGGCGUCCGGGUUUCAGGUGGUCGGAUUCAAGCGUCGUGUGAGCGAUAGAGAUAGAAAGACGCUCGCGUCAAGUGCUGAUCGCGUGUCCUCGGAUCUGAGCGAGGUGUUAGAGCAAAGUGACUAUAUAGUGAACAUACUGCCUAGUACAGCCGCCACUCGCUACCUGUUGACCGAGAAUGCACUGGAGGUGUGCCGCAAGAAGCAGCCGGUUUUCAUCAACGUCGGUCGCGGCGAUAUCAUCUCGGAGGAAACAAUCGUUAACGCCUUGGAGAAGGGGUUACUGUCGAAGGCUGUGCUGGAUGUGUUUGAGAAGGAACCGCUGCCAAAGGAGAGCCCAUUGUGGUCGCACCCGAAGGUGAUCUUGACGCCCCACAUUGCUGGUACUGUAUUCCCGGAGGACGUAGCUGAUGUCUUUGUGAAGAACCUCAACCGCCGCCUUGAAGGAAAACCUGUGCUUUACCAAAUGGACUGGUCGGCCGGCUACUAGGCUAACGUUCUCAAGUGAACUCGUAAGAAAGAAACCAAUGUAAACGCGUGCAGGGCACGCAUUCUUUUAAGAAAAGUGUACUAAAACACCAGUACGCUACCUGAAGGUGUACAACCGAUCGAACUCGCA